AUGGGGUGGCUGAGGUUAAGAACAAAUCACGUGGCUUUCAAAAUCAUAUUUGCCUUACUUUACAUGUACAAUCUUUAUAAAAGUGUUGUCGCCUUCGAUGAGUAUUUGGAGUACAGAUCACCCUUCACCGCCGAGGACUGCGCAAACAUCAAAGCUAAUGGCACUUGCAACUGCUACCGCGAUAAAUACAAUCUGACCAAAUUGGAAUGUGUCAACGCUCAAUUAAACAUCUCAGUGAACAUGGAGUAUGGCAUCGAGCUCAAUUGUGGUAACGAGUUAGAACCGCACAUGACGACGAGCUUACCGCGCCUGGGCAGCAUACGUGAAAGCACCUUUAUAGCGACGCAUAACUGUAAGUACUUUACAGAGUUACUGCUGCAGUUGGAACUGACGCCGAGGCAUACACUUUACGUGCACGGUUUAGCGGGCAUAACGCACUUGAGCCUCAAUACUUUCGGCCACGAUCUCAAACGAUUGCAAAAAGUCACCAUACUAGAGUUGCGUGCCGAGCAAAAGACUACAGCGCCGUUUGAGUUGGCAUCCCACGCUAGGCAAGAGCUCGACGCCAACAUACUUACGCCAAUGCCAGCGUUAUUUCGGCUCACCAUCGAGUUGAACUACACCGAACUGCCGGCGGACUUACUUGCGCCCGUGCCAAACAUAAAUGAUAUUACUUUAUUGGGUCGCUUGCUGGAAUUUCCACGUGCUACCUUUCGUGUGCUUAAGCGUCUGCGUGAGCUCUCCAUGCGCGAGCAUCAAUUCGAACAUCGUUUGCACCCGGAGAUUUUUCAGAACUUGACCAUGAUUAGAGGGCUCUAUUGGAUAAACUGUAGCAUAACGUUUUUGCCAGCACACAUCUUUUCACCGUUGAAACUGUUGCAACGCCUGAAUUUAAUGGACAAUCGGCUGAGCGAGCUGCCGGCUGCGUUGCUAGCCCAGCAACAGCGUUUACAAACACUGAAUUUAAGUGGAAAUCGUUUACAAGCUUUGCCCUUGCGUUUCUUUGAAGCCACCAGCAAGCUCUUGAAGUUAAUUUUGAGCCGCAAUCGAUUGCGUCAUUUAGACGCGCGCAUACUACCCCCACUCACCGCCAUGAUCGAGCUCUCGGCGGAUAACAACGAGCUGCGCACAAUAUCCACAGACACCUUCGCUCAACCCAACCGCCUGCAGGGGCUCGAUUUGCGUAAUAAUCAAUUAAGUUGGGCAGCUGGUGCGGACUGCAUUAUUUUCGCUGGUCUGUCACGCUUACAACGUCUUCUACUAAGUUUUAACUCUAUUGAGCAUCUGUGCGAUCGACUGGGUACCAGCAACCACUCAACCAGCGCACUCACCGUACUCGAUGUGCGUCAAAAUCAGCUGAAGCUACUCAGUCCACAACUAAUUAAUACGCUGAACACCAGCAUUGCACUGACAACCGUUUAUCUUUCGGAAAAUCCAUGGUCUUGCAACUGUAGCGCUCAGCCACUGCUGAACUUGGUCAAGAGUAAUCGCAAGCGUUUGGCUGAUGCACGUUACAUGCGUUGUGCGGACAAACAACUCUCACCACUACGCGAGUUAUCCUACCGGGACUUCUGUCUACCAGAGAUCGGCGUGCGCACUGUACUGGUGGUCAUACUGGUUUGCCUCAUCGCACUCGGCUUGAUACUCACCACCACCGCGCUGUGCUACUACAAAUAUCGCAUCGAAUUGAAGAUUUGGCUCUAUGCACACCGCCUCUGCUUGUGUUGUGUGAGUGAAAGGGAUGUGGAUCGCGAUCGUAAAUGGGAUGCAUUCAUAUCCUACUCACAUCACGAUGAAGAGUUUGUGGAGAAAGAGCUUGUGCCGGGGCUGGAGCACGGCACGCCUGCAUUCAAAACCUGCAUACAUGUACGCGACUGGCUGGCAGGCGCAUAUAUACCCGAGCAGAUUAUUGAUUCGGUUGUACAAUCACGUCGCACGAUUAUUGUGCUCUCUCAAAACUUUAUCGAAUCGGAUUGGGCUCAAAUGGAAUUUCGUACGGCUCAUCAGUGUGCUGUGAAUGAGGGUCGGUCACGUAUUAUACUCGUAGUUUAUGGUGAAAUUCUAAAUACCGAGUUGCUGGAUCAAGAGCUGAGAGCCUAUUUGAAAACGAACACCUACCUGAAGUGGGGCGACCCGUGGUUUUGGCGUAAAUUGCGCUAUGCCAUGCCGCAUGCGGAAUGUGAUGGUGGAAAAUUGAGAAGCGAUUUGGGUGAAAAAGAGAACGCAGACAACGCUAUGACCUUUCAUAUGGACAUGGACGUGGGAACGAAGAAGUGACGAGGUGGACGGAGAGAACAAAUUAGAAAUUUUACCGCUGUGGCAGACGGACAAUGAGCAUUGAUUGUAAUGGUUGGAUAUUUUGAAUUGUAUUUGUAGAAUAUUCAUUAUCUUAUUUUUGUGCUUUCGUUU